AUGGAGAAAACCAGGAGAAGAUGGAAAUCUUCUUGGAAAAGUGCAAAUUUGCAUUGGCCUAAUAGUACCCAUAGUACUAAACGGUUAACGUUUGAAGAAAUGGUCACAUUAACAAGUCGUAUUGAAGCACUACUCAAUUCUCGACCGAUUACUCCAUUGUCUGCUGAUCCUAAUGAUUAUCGUGCACUAACUUCAGGUCACUUUCUUAUUGGUCAUCCAAUGGUUGAAAUACCGGAAAAGGACGUACUUGACGACCUAAAAACUGUCUCAAACGUUGAGUACUUAUCAUCGUUGCAACGACGCAAAAAAUGGGUAGACAAUCAACCAAACGUCAAUGAUGACGAUUUAGUAUUGAUAAACAUGCCGAAUCAACCACCUAUACACUGGAAACUUGGUCACAUACAACAAGUUCAUCCAGGUGCAGAUGGCGUGGUCCGUGUAGCCACAGUGCGUACCGAACAUGGAACCCUAACACGAUCAAUAGUCAAACUAGCCAUCCUUCCUCCUGAUAAUUGA